AUGGCCAGCGAAAACACUGUGAAAAAAAGAGACAGAAAUAAAACUAUUGCAGUGACUUCUGCUGUCGCGAUCGGUGCCAAUAACUUGCGUAGAUCACAAAUAGAAUGUACAAAUAAUAAUCCUUCAUUCGUAGCUAACUAUGUCGAAAAUAAACUUCAAGAAUUCACUUUUAUUGUUUGUGGUGCUCCACGAACAGGUAAGAGUACAUUAAUCAACGCCAUCAUUGGUAAAAAAUUGGCUGAGACUGGUCCAGGUCCAGCUCCUAUAACACAAGAAUCAACAUGUUAUGAACUCAAAGGUACUUUUCCGGAAAUCACUGAUAGACAAACAAAUGAGAGAUACGUCGAUGCUCAACCAUUUCGAAUUAAUAUUUGGGAUACAAAAGGAAUAAAAACAUGGGAUUCAUCCAUCAUUGAUAUUGUUAGACAAAAAAAUCCAAUGUGUGUUACAUUAUGUGCAUCUCCAGGUUCGUUUGCUAAUGAUAAAUUUAUUCGUGGAUUAAUUAGUGAAUGUGUUAAUUUCAAUAUCUUUAUUGCACUUGUUUGUACAAAUCCAUGGAAUGGUUCUGAUGACAAACGAAAAGCAGUCAUGCAAGACUUUCAUGAUUUACUAAAGGUCAGUUAUCGUAUUCGAUAG